AUGAAAAUUCUUGUUUUAUUUGCUGCAAUUAUUUUACUUGCUAAUUGCUAAAAAGUAGAAUUGUGCCCAGAGUAUGAAAAAGCCUUCAAAUGCUCAAGUGUCCCUCAAGAAGUUUGUGGUAUCAAAACUAUUAAUGGACAACAAGUCAAAGAAACUUUUGUUAACAGUUGCUAAGCUUGCUCUCUAGGAAAGGUUGAAUUCACAGUUGAAGGUAAGUGUGAUGAAUAUCUUGAAGAAGCUUAAUUCUGCUCUCCUACUGACUUCAAAAUUGAAGAAUGUGCUGAAUAAGACUAACCUCAAUGUGCUUGGUUUAAUGAAGAAGUUAAAUGCUUGGUCUAUCCUUGUGCUAUCAACUCCAAAAACAGGUGCAGCGGCUGCUAAGUAAAGAACGUUUUAUUUACCACAGAAGGUAAAUGCCCUAAAUCAAUUUGA